CGCGAAUAAAAGAUGUCUGCCUCCUGUGACUUGGUACUGAGGCUGUGUUGAUGUCCCCAAAGGCCAGUUUUGUGUAGAUGUUGAUAUCGUCCAGCUCCUAAAAUAAAAAUGGCAUAUGGACAGAUACCAAGCACUGGCAUGGGUAAUUUGUGACUUCCAUCUGGAACUUUCAACAAUAAGAAGGGUGAUGUCUGGUGAGAUAUUUCAGCGUGAACCAGAUCCCAUCCCAGAAAAUCUGGAGGAGGUUGAUGUUAUAGGAAGGAAUCCCCUCAUGUGCUAUUUAUGCAACGGAAAAUAUGAUGACCCCUGCAUAUUGGGGUGUUAUCAUAGUUUCUGCUCAGCAUGUCUAGGAGGAAGAGCCAUGGAUGGGAAAAUGUUGUGUCCCUUGUGCAAGGAAAGUACAGCCCUCAAAGAAGGUGAAAGCUUACCCUCCAAGGACAAGCUACUCCAGUUCCUUGUCAUGUCGUCUAAUGAGGAGAGGGAACAGUGUGCUAACUGUGAUGAGCAGGAGGAAGGACAAAUGUUUUUCUGCAAUACCUGUGCACAGCCUUUGUGUGAACGGUGCCGGGAAGAAACUCAUCGUGCCAAGAUGUUUACCCGCCAUGACAUUGUCGUCUUGUCAAAGCGGACUAAAGAGAUACACCGGGAAUGUUCACUUCACAAUGAGCCAUUUAUCCUGUUUUCUAUAGAAAAGAAAAUGAUGCUGUGUAUAAACUGCUUUAGAGAUAUGAAAAUAGAGAGUCGGUCAUACUGUGUCGACAUGGAAACAGCAUAUCACCAGAGCUGUAAGAAACUUGAUCAGAGAAUGCAGGCUAUCAGAGAUCUGCAAAAUUCUGUACAAGACUCCAUCUUGCUACUACGAGCUCUGCUUGAGGAGAUCACACAAAAUUCUGAAUUGGAAAAAUCAGCCAUCAAGGAACUCUAUGACUCCAUGCUUAAAGAGAUAACGGACAAGAAGGAGACACUGCUGACGGAAGUGGACAGACAGUACCAGGACAAGCAGAAGUUGUUCACGGAGGAGCUGGCUAGUCUGAGUACACUGUUACCUACUCUCCACACACAUCUAGUCACCUCUGCUGCUUUCUCCAGCUCCGCCAACAAGUUUGAGUUCUUAGACUUGGCCUACAUCCUGAUGGAGCGACUGAAGUCAAUUAUUCACCUGCAGUAUCCCCUCCAUCCAUCACAAGGCAGCCAGAUAUAUACUGACUUUAAGUCGCAGAUAGCCAAGUGCCUGGAGCCGCUACUUUUUCCCCAGAGGAUGUCAACUAUACUGUCGGCUUCUGCUGCUGGGUCUCUCUCACUGUCUUCGUCCGGCUCAACAGCUCCACGACUAGAGAAGAAGCUGUCUGUUCCCCAAGUGAGGUCUGGGAAUCUUUCACAGAAUGAAAGGCGACAGGUAGCCCUCAAUAAACUCAAACUUACAGAAGGCAAAGGGGUGUUUGCUGACCACUGCCAGGACUUUGAUAACUCUCAUAAGGGUCUUUCCCAGAUGGUGGAACGCAUGAAGAGCCACCUACAGGAGCUACAAAGGGACCUUACUCUGCGACGAUGCCUCACCAAGCAGACAGUGAUGGAGGAGCUUCAGGCUAAGGUGGAGCAGGUGGAACAGCAACUGGAGGAUCACAAAACCAAGAUGGAGCAGAAACAGCCUGUCCUGGAAAAGUACUGGGAGGAAUGUGUCCAAAGAAUGACUUGUGAACAGGAGGUCUACCAAGCUCAACUGCAGGAUGUGAUGAGAAUUCACCAAGAGACAAGCCACCUCCGGACCAUCCUCAACCAGCUGUCCCGUUUUGUAACCUCUAUCACGGCUCUGACAGAGAGGCUCGCUCCGAAAUUGGCCACUUCUACGAAGGAAAGUAACCAUGACAACCAGAUAGCAGCCAUCUUUGAACAAAUCAAUAUUAUAGAACCUGACUCCCAGCACAGGGUGGAAGCUUUACGUUCAGCAGAGGAAGAGAGAGAAACCAUAUCAGCAAACCGUACUAACCCCAUGGAUGAGGAGCUUAUCAAAACAAAGGGACUUUUAAAAGCUCCCUCUGCACGGAGAGAUGGGAACCAGCGUAGAGACCUCACCAAAAGAGAAUCAAAGGACGCGAAAGGAGAGUCUACUGAGAAGAAUCCAGCUCCGUCUCUUAGCAAAGACUCAACUUUAAUUGAAUAUCUUACAGAAUUGGAGACAGGUGCUAAAGUUUCCUUGGGAGAUGUGUCAAAAGUAGUUGCAAUAAAUUCAGUGGUAACUGGCCCUCCAUGUGAAGAUUCUGUCUCUGCUGAAAUACCGGUAAAUGUUCUAAAAGAAGUUAGUGUGGAGGUAGCACCCAAAUCGGAGGUUAAGGGGGAAUUUGAUUUUUCUAAAGUUCUUGAUGAAAUUUGUAAUCCAGACAAGGAGACAGUGUCAAACACAGAGUCCAAGGAAGAUGUUGAGGAGUCUGCCAGUUGUGUGGAUACUUCAUUGGAGGUUGUUCUGCCUCUGGAGCCAGGGACACCAGCGACUGAAUCUAACUCUCCUCAUUUAAAGCCUUACUCUAAGGAGGACACAAUUCCGUUGGCAGGAAAUGAUGGCACUAAUGGUAGACCACUGUCGCCAAAAAUUAAUUUAUUGACUGAUGACGAACCAGCUGUAAAUAUUUCUGGGGACAAAUUAGGUUUAAAACCAAGUUCUUCUUCUAAAGAGGUAUUCUGUGAUACAUUAUCCAUAACAUUUCUACCUGAAGGGCAUCACUCUCCAGGAGGUCAAAGCUUCACGUCUCCAACCCCAUCUGAUUCUUCUAUCAGUGGGAUUGGAUCACCGAAUUCAGAUACUCAGUUGUGCCUGCCACUAUCCACAGGUUUAGAUUCUCAACUUUGUGGGCCUGGAUCCCCAGUGUCAGAUACUCAGAUGUGCGGGGCAGGAUCCCCAGGGGACAUGUCUGAGGUCGAAGGUCAAGAGGAUGAUAUGACUGGAGGCGAGACGCUCAGAGCAAGGAUUGAAAGACUUAAAGGUUCGAUAGACAAUGGUACAUCUGUAUCUCAAUUGUCAAAGUCACCACAGGACAGUGUAGUGCAAGGGCCACUGGCACCGCAGGACAAUGUGUCACAAAGGUCAAGGUCACCUAGGAACAAAUGUUCCGUAUCAAACGGUGUGUCACCAGUGGUAGAUGUUGGUAAAGUUUGUGUUUCCUCAUGUGUAAGUAAUGGGGAUGUGUUGCAGAAAGGAGAUUCUGUUUCUCGAUCAGUAGAUGUCACCAAACAAACAGGGCCUUGUGAACCAGAUUUGAAGUCUUUGACGCAAGGCAGGACUGUUAGUCAGGCAAGUGGCCGCCGUCGCCGAAGGGUCAAAGCUGAUCAGGUGGGCAAUCCAGUCAGAACCAGAGAUGUAAAUCUAGGGUCAGAGCAUAAUGAACAGGCCUCAGAGGUCAAAUGUCAGAAGAAGUAAAAAUGCUGAAAUAUGAAGUUUUCCUUCUUUGUGUAAUGCAGAGUUAUCUUCUCCUGAGAACAGGUAUUGAUUGUUACGUCAUUGGUUUG